AUGAUAUUAUCAUUGAUUUCCACCUUAUUUGGAAUAAGAAUUAUUCAGGGUACAACAAUGAAAGGAAAUACUUUCCAUUCAAUUGCUCAUAGAGGUGCUUCUUUACUUCAGCCUGAAGAAAGUUCUGCUGCAUACUUACUGGCAAUAAAACAAGGUAUUAAAUUUAUUGAAUGUGACAUAGUUUCUACAAAAGAUGGAGUAUUAAUAUUGAGACAUAGCCCCAACUUAUCGGAGUCUACAGAUGUUGAUGAAUUAGAGGAGUUCAGAAAAUAUGAAAGCAAGGUUUUAAUGUAUGAUAAUGACGAUGCAGUCGUAAAAAAGGGCAUUUUUUCCUGGGAUUUGACAUAUGAUCAAAUUAAGAAAUUAAAGUGCAUUCAUGAGAAAAGAUACGAGAAUCGCAAUCAGUCCUUAAAUGGUUUGUAUCCUAUACUAACCUUGGAUGACUUCUUGAACUUAAGCUUUGGAAAUAGUACAGCUACUGGUGGCGAUCUUCUUCGUAUUGGAAUAUACAUUGAGAUAAAGUAUCCAUACUACCAUGCUGUUAGAGGCCUAGGUGAUAUAACCGAUAAACUUUUAGAAUCACUAGCAAAACGUGGAUUAACUAAAAGAUCAGACCCUGUAUUUAUUCAAAGCUUCGAGCCUAGCAACCUAAAAUAUAUUAGGAGUAAAAGUGAUCUUAGUUUAGUGCAACUAAUCUCAAAUACUGAUAAAAUACACUUUGCAUGUCCCGAAGUAGAUAAUUCAACUGAAAGUGGUAUGAAAUAUCAUGUAUAUAAACUUGAGGAAAUAUCUAAAUAUGCUGACGUUGUAUCACCUAGUAAGGAGGGGAUUAUUCAAUCUCUAGGAAUUCCGGCAUUAUCUAUAAAUGACUUAGUAAAUGAGCUCCAAGCUCAUCCAGUUUGCAAAUUUAUAGAAGAUGCUCACAAAUUCGGUCUACUUGUAGUUCCAUAUACUUUUAGACCAGAGUCAAUUUUAAAAUGUUUCAACAGUGUUAAAGAUGAAUAUUUAUACUUCAUCAAUACUUUGCGUGUUGAUGGAGUAUUUACUGAUGAUCCACAAGGAAUAGUUGAAUUUCUUAAUGAGAAGUACUUAAAUUUUUAA